AUAUUUCUUAUGUAUGUAUUUUAUUAUAGUAGUAUGAUUGAUUGAUAAUUCGUGAUUAAUAUACCUGUAUUGUAAUAUGAAUAGAUAAAAAAAAUGUUACUAUUUACUGAUUAUUUCUUAUCGGAAGUAAAUGUACAAUCUACUAAUAAGAUAAUUCUGUUAAAAUGUGUUUUGUAGUCGAUUAUAAUAUUUUUUGAUCAUGUAAUAUUUCUUUCUACAAAGUAUCAUAUUUUGCAUAAUUGAAAGAAUAUUAUAGAUAUUUGUAUUUUAUUUAUAUUGUUUUAUUCUUUCUAUUACUACGAAUUAAUAAAUUAAUAUAAAAGGGAUAACUCUUAUAUUGCAAGUUGUAUAUAUUAUAAUAGUUAGAAACAUAUAAGAAGUAUGAUGCAUUUUAUGUAAAAAUGGACGUAGAAAAUUUGUCAAAGUAUAUUUAUAUAGCAUCAGUCGUUGUAUUGUAUUGGGUUAUAUCAAUUUUGACAGUAUUUGUAAAUAAGGCACUUUUAUCUAGUGAAACUGUAAAUUUGGAUGCACCGUUAUUUGUAACAUGGUUUCAAUGUAUUGUAAGCGUUGUUAUAUGCAUAACUCUUACCAAUUUAUCUAUAUUUUUUCCACAAUAUCUUAAAUUUUCUAAUGGUGAUCCAUUUAAAAGAGAGACAAUAAAACAGAUAUUACCAUUAUCUAUACUCUUUACUGGAAUGAUAGCUUCAAACAACUUAUGUUUGAAAUACGUUGGAGUUGCAUUUUAUUAUGUGGGCAGAUCAUUAACUACCGUGUUUAAUGUUAUUUUCACUUAUUUAAUACUUGGACAAAAGACUUCAUUAAAAUGCAUUUUAUGCUGUUGUAUGAUUAUUACUGGAUUUUGGCUUGGCGUGGAUCAAGAAAAUGAUGCAGGUUCUUUAUCUGUUUUAGGAACAAUAUUAGGUGUAGUUGGAUCAUUAAUUCUCUCUUUAUAUUCAAUUCAUACUAAACAGGUUCUUCCUGCAGUAAAUCAAGAUAUUUGGUUACUUUCUUAUUAUAAUAAUUUAUACAGUGUUUUCCUAUUUAUACCUUUAAUGCUGUUUAACGGCGAACAUUUGGUAGUUUACAAUUAUGACAAACUUGGAGAACCCUUUUUUUGGAGUGCAAUGGUCAUAGGUGGUAUUUGUGGUUUUGCAAUUGGCUAUGCUACAACUCUUCAGAUAAAAGUAACAUCUCCUUUAACACAUAAUGUUAGUGGUACUGCAAAAGCUUGUGCACAAACUGUUUUAGCAACAUAUUGGUUUAAUGAACACAAGUCAUUUUUGUGGUGGACUAGCAAUAUUAUUGUUUUAAGUAGUAGUGCGGCUUAUGCAAGAUUUAGACAACUUGAUUUAAGUGUAGAAUACAAAGUUGAAAGAUUGCAACAAAAAGUAUGAAAUAUACUUAUAGAUUAUACAGUAGGAUAUUAAAGAGAGAUAAAGAGAGAGAGAGAAAGUUCCUAGUUUAUUAUAAUUCUAUAUCAUUUAUUUAAGAAAUAAACUAUAAAAAAUUUUUCAUAUAGUAAUGUACAUAAAAUAAAAUAAUGUAGCAUUUAUAAAUAUUUGUGUAUACUUUUUAUCACUGUAUAAAAAUUAUAUCAAAAGUAAAAAUUUUUAAAAUCUAGAUGCAAGACCACCUCCACGACUAUCAGAAUGACUUGUUAUCAAAUCUUCGUGUUUUAUAAUAGCAUUUACACUUUUUGAUAUUGAACUGGCAUCAAUAUUUGAUAUAGAUGUUGAAACAUUCGAUUUAUUUUGUAAUACAGUUUUUAAUAUAUGUAAUUGAUCAUUUUCUAUACUAACACCAUCAGAUAAAAGAUAGUAUCUAAAAAAUAUAAUACUUAUAAUUAUAUAUAUAAUACAAUUGACAAUUUAAAUAUUUAAAUGAAUGUACCUUGGAUGUUCAAUAGCAGAAGAAACAUUCAGACCUCGUACUAUCAAAUGGUAUAGAAGUUGGCUACUUAAAAUUGUAUCAUCAGUUCCAAGUACUCCACGUAAUUCACAUGAUUUUUCUUCAUUAUGAAAAAUAAUUGGAAGUAGUGUUGAUAAAUCAUUAUCAUUACUAGUUUUAUCUAGUAAAAAGCCAGUGCCAGUCAUGUGGGCCAAUCCUAAUGGUGCACUUAGUCCACUGCAUAAUUUAAUUAAAAGUUAAUCUUUAUUAAAUAUUGAUGGAUUUUUUGCAUUACGUAUAAUAGUGUAUAUAAAUACUAACGUCAAAACACUGACAUAAGUAUCUUGUCCAUCCAUUACCAUGACACCAGUAUAUCUUUCUUCUUCAACUAAAAAAAAUGGAUAAAUUAGCAAAUUUAAAGAUCUCAUUAAAAGUUACAUUUAUUACUAACCAUUUUUUAUCAUGUCUAGAGUCCUUAAAUUAGAAUGCAAUAAUGUUUGAGCAACAAGAGCCAUAGUUUCAGUUUUAGAUACAAUUUCGGGAGAUAUUUUGAGAUUUUCUAGUGCAGUUAUUGAAGAUUCAAAAUCAAAUGCACCUGAGGGAUAGUAUAAUAAAUGUUUAUAAAAUGAAAUUUUUUUUGCUGUACUCAUUUCAGGUUUGUAAUUUGCUAAUUGUAGUAAUAAUUCCUCUUUCUUAACUUCAUCACGUAAAAGUUUUAAUGACAAUGUCCCAUUAUAUAAUACUGAGAAGAAAAUCAUAUUAUAUAUCUGAUAUAUAUUCUUCUUAUAAAUUUAUAUAAUAAUGAAUUUUCAAACUGUUUACCAAUUGUGCCAUUCUUUGCAACUGCAUCUAAUGUAUCUGCAAGAUCAUUUAAUUUUAAGAUACCACCAGCAUUUAUAUGACCAUAAAGCAUCCCAUAGUCACUGUUAUUUGAUAAUUCAUAUUCUAAUUCUUUUGAUACUACAAAUCCUGUUCUAGCUAAUUUUGCAGCUGGUUCUAUAAUUUCAUUCCAUGGUAAAACUCCUUUUAAAACAUGCGCAAAUUCUAAACCUUUCAAAACGGCAGGUAAACGCAUUCCUAUUGUGCCAAAAAUACCUGCAUUUUAUAGUAAUAAGAAUGAUUGAAAUCAGUUAAAUAAUCAAAGAUUUUUAAAUACAUUUUUGAUAAAUCUAUACUGACCUCCAACAGUAUUGUUCGCAAAAUUGAUGACUAAUGGUUCCGAUUUAUCUUUAUGGCUAUAUAACAUCAUACAGCCACCUCUGAAAGAAUAUAAAUAUUAUACAUAUUUAACAAUAUGUAUUCGUCUAAUUACUUACCCACCAAGACCUGUCUUAUGUGGAGCUACUACUGUCAUACAUACAGUAGCAGCUAUAGCUGCAUCUAUUGCAUUACCACCCUUUCUUAAUAUUUUAGUACCUAUCUGUGAACAAUUAGUGUAAUCUGUGGCAACAGCACCAUGAAUACUGUUAUUAGCCUAAUGAAUAAUAUUAAUAUUUAUAGUUUCAUUUGAGACAUCCAUAUAAAAAGAACAUAUUAAGCCAAAAUAUGUACCUGUAAUAAUUUACUGGCAUAAACCAAUUGUAAAAUCAGUAUAGUUGUUAUAGCAAAGGAUAAAACAGCAAAGCAACAUACAAUCAAUUUCAUACCACCACCAAAAAAGUGGCUUAAUUUACACUUGUUGUUUUUGUCCUGUGUCAAGGGACAUUCUUCUGUUAAUCCUUCUAAAAGUUUAAUGUUUAUUAAAAAAUAGGUAAAAUUA